ACCACCAGGUAUACAUCCUAUGGACAAUGUAUGGAUAUGCUCUCAAGCCCACCAAACGAGCCAGCACAAUUGCCAUGUACAUGUCAUCAUGCAAUUCCCAGGAUGAGCAUAAACUGGCCGAGACAAUUCUGCUAAAAAUUGGACAUUUAUUUCAAAUGCAAGACGACUACCUGGACUGUUUUGGAAACCCUGAUACAAUUGGCAAGAUUGGGACAGACAUACAGGAGGGCAAGUGUUGUUGGCCUAUAGUUAAGGCAUUGGAAAUGUGUGAUCAAAAUCAGAGGCAAACACUUGACACUAAUUAUGGCAUAAAUGAUGAGAAAUGUGUUGCAAUUGUUAAAGAGAUUUAUCGCGACUUAAAUAUUCAAGAGGUUUAUACUGAAUGCGAAGAAUGCAUUUACAAUGAUAUAUGUGUUAUGAUUGAUGAUCUCAAAUUCAAAAGUAACUUAUGCCCGGUCAUAUUUUACGAAAUGCUUGAUAAGAUAUAUAAAAGGGAUAAA